ACCGCGUUUCUUGCGUGUGGCGUAGUACGCGGCGCUGGGAGCGGAAGUGAGGUCAUCAGUGCAGGCGGAAGCAGUGACGGUUUGUGUGUGAGGGGGACAAGAUGAAUUCCAGAGGAGUUGGAUCUCAGCUUAAGGAUAGCAUCCCAAUUGCUGAAUUUUCAGCUAGUGGAGCAUUUGGAGGUCAUGAUAUUCUACGCAGAGGCUUUACAAGUGUAAAAAAUGAACUUUUGCCCAGCCAUCCUUUGGAACUGUCAGAAAAAAAUUUUCAGCUAAACCAAGAUAAAAUGAAUUUAUCGACUCUGAGAAAUAUUCAAGGACUCCAUGCACCUCUAAAGCUGCAAAUGGAAUUCAGAGCAGCAAAGCAGAUCCAACGUCUUCCGUUUCUGCAUAGCUCAAAUAUAGCGCUGGAUACACUGAGAGGAAAUGAUGAAUGCAUUGGUUUUGAGGAUAUUCUUAAUGACCCAUCGCAGAGUGAAGUUAUGGGAGAACCACAUGUGAUGGUGGAAUACAAGCUUGGUUUAUUGUAACACAAAUGUAGUCCGAACCUACUGUUCAUGAAAACAUUUCUUGUAUGUGUCUUUAUACUAUACUACAGGUUCAGUGUACAAUAUUAAUAUUACAUUGACACAAUGUUUUUGUUAACUUACCCACAGGAGAGCUCUUGCCUUACUUGAUGAAUAGGCACAUUAAAUGUUUAAAGUCUAUUAUGAUUUAUUCUCUGCUUACUGUCAAUAUAAAUGUCCUACAACUGGGUAUUUUAAAACUGUACAA